UUCCCUUGGCAACCACUUCCUCCGAGCAUCCACGGCCAUCUUUAAUUUUAACUCAUUCAUGAAAAGUUGUGUCUCGCUCAUGUAAACACGCCGAGCGAAAAACAUUUGCGCACAGAGCAGCAUCGACGGCGCUGUGUGCAUGUGCAGGUCUCCGGCGACAGGCUCCGAACAGAGCAGAGCAGCACCGCAGCAGCAGCCUGUCCGCAGAGAUUAAGUAAACACCGAAAGCGCAGGAUGAGAAAGAAGCAGACUGCCAAACAGAGGAAGACUGAGGAGACUACUGUUGUCCAGGAGUUUGUGGUGGAAAAAAUAAUUCGCCGCAGAGUCUUUAAUGGCCGAGUGGAGUACUUCCUGAAGUGGAAAGGCUUCACCGAUGCGGAGAACACAUGGGAACCUGAGGACAACCUGGACUGUCCUGAACUCAUCGAGGAGUUCCUGAGAAACAGCCAUUUCUCAGAGGGGAUUGAGGAAGAGCAGACUGAAGAUUUCAUACCCAAAGAAGAAAUGACAGAGCAAGAGAGGGAAAUUUCCUGCAUGCACUCCCAGCAGCAGGCUCACACUGUGCAGAGCAACAACAAUGUUCUUGAGCCAAAUGACGAGCAGUCAGACACCCCCACUAACCUCAGCACUUACCUCGAGCCUGAAUGCAUCAUCGGCUCCACAGACAGACAGGGAGAGCUCAUGUUCCUAGUCAAAUGGAAGAACUCAGAUGAUGUGGCCCUGCUGCCGGCCCGCGAAGCCAGCGCCAGGUGUCCCCAGGUGGUCAUUGACUUCUACGAGCAGAAGCUGACGUGGCACUGCGGAGAUGAGGAGCAGUGAAGUGUAUGUGGGUUGUGUGUACAGAGGCGAACUGAUAAACAGCUGUGCUCUCACCUGAAGCUUAGUUUAACCUCCAUCGAGUGUCCUCCUUCAGUUGACAUUAGAGGCACACUGUGUGAAAUUGCAUCCCGCUGCGGGUAGAGUUUCAGAUUCUGGCAGGUGUGAGAUCCUCAGUGGGGAUGGAUUUUAAGUGGGUCUCGGUCCUAUGGUGCUCAACGAGGUCUCUGUGCCUUUGUGGAGACUGCGAUGGAGACUAAAGCUAAUCUUUGUGUGGAGCAGGUGAUUUGAGGUCAGACUAACCUGUAGCAGCUUUGAUCUUGUGUAAGCAGACACAAUCACUGUGGAUAUGUGUUUUGUUUUUACUGUUAUAUAGUAAUUUAGUAUUUAUAGUCCUGUUUAACUACAAGGAUCUCUGUUAUUUAGUGUGAGCCCAACACUUUGUAGGCAGAGUGAACUAACUGCUGUCCAGUCAGUACCUCCAGUCUAUGUAGCUUUUAGUUUAAGAUGAAGAUUGUAGACCCGUUGUUCGAACGUUUUGUUGUUUGAACUUGUAUUGUGUGAGGUGUUUAUAGCCACAGCUUUUACUGUGUCUCACUGUGUCUCUGUAUGACCCUUGUGGUUGAUGUGAAAUAUUUCAAAAUGUUGCCCAUCAGAAAUGUCCCCAUAUGUCCAAUCAGCUGCUAAGUACCAAAUGUUCUCCUCUCAGCUGUAUUGAAUUAUAACAAUAACAUUGUUGAGUUUUUAAAAUAUUAUUUGACACUUACGCAAAGUGCAAAGUCCUAGCAAAAUUACUCAAAAUGUGAUAGUAUUUCUAAAGUAAAUCUAUUGAGAUUUUUGUGCACCUGUGAUGGCUAAUAAGAUUGUUAAAUGUAGCACUUUAGAUAUGAGACUGAUUAUGCAGGACACUGUCUUCCAGUAAUUAAACAGGUCCAUGUAUAUGACACCUGUAUCCUGAUGGCACUGUCCUGACUUGACAUAUCUCCCAUGACUGUUAUGGGACACUCAGCUGAACCUUACACCUCCUAAAACACACCUGCUACUGAAUUACUGUAACUAUUGACCAUGAUUCUGUGAAGUCUCUGUGAAUAAAGGAAACCUUUUGUGAAGCA